AUGUCUGUUUUAAAUUACAUACAACAGCAACAGCAACAUUAUGAACAUCGAAAAAUGAAUUCACUAAUAACACAAACAAAAACAUUAUUUUUUGAUGAAACGUUUGCCACAUAUUUUCUUCGUGUCUAUCCUGUUCGAUGUGUCGUCUUUGUAAUUGGUCUCAAAUAUUUACAGACUUAUAAAUCAUUAAAACUUCAUAAUAAUGAUGUUAAGAUCGAUAGACAAGAAUGCAUCGAUCUCAGUAGUUCAUUAUUUGAAAUAAAUUCGUUCAAUCAAAAUAAUUUCUACUUAAAAAGUUUAUCAACAAUGACGAGAGAAAAGAAAAUGACUAUGACAGAAGAUUUAUUAUUUAUUCAUAUAGCUGUUUUACGUUUAGCUAAAAAAAUACACAUUGAUGACGGUGAAGCUGAUGAUCUGUUUUCAUGCUGGUGGUCUUAUUUACCUAAACAUACCCGUAAAAAAGUGAAUAUAAUAGAACGACAUAUUCUUCAUACAUUAGAAUGGAAUUUAAAUUUGAAUGUUAAUGAAUUUGAAACAUUUUUCAAAGAUAAAGAUGUUCAACUACUAAUAAUACGAGCUAUUGAUAACAGAUGGUGUCUCAUUGACGGGCAAGAAGUACGAAUGAAGAAAAAAUAUGGUUUCAGAAUUCAUCUUAACAAUUUUAAUGUACAACAGCAAAAAAUGAUUGAAAAUAUCUUUAAACAACAACAAUUUAUAGCAAAUGUAUGUCAACAGAUGAUGAAUAUCAAUAUUUUUGUACGUCAAUCUACGAGUGCCACUUUGCCUUUACUGUAUCUAAGAAAAAUAAAUGAUCGUUUUACAAUUACUUUGUAA